AUGGAAACUGAAAAUUUAAAGUACGUAUACCUAGAGUUACUACAGAACAUGUUAGAUGAGCUAUCGUCACAUCAAGAACAGCUCCAAAAGACAUAUUCGAAAGCCAAAACGAAUCUCCAAGUGUCUGAAGGGCACUUCUAUCAUCCCAAAGAUUUAAAGAAAGUAAAGGGGAUCGGUGAUACUAUCAUCAAAAGACUUGAAAUGAAACUCGAGAUAUAUUGCACGAAUAAUAAUAUAGAAUUCCCGACCUUUGAAACUCAGAAGGGAAAGGCUUCAUCAAAAUCUACAAAGAGGAAUCUAACGUCAUUAAGAGUGGAUGGACACAACAAGGAGAUCGAACAACAACCUACCAAGAAGAAGAGAAAGUACAUACCAAAGAAAAAAUCCGGUGGUUAUGCAAUUUUACUUGGAUUACUGGAACUGAAUGCUAUUCGAAGACCUUGCACAAAAGAAGAAAUCAUUGAAAUAUCCCAAAAAUAUGCCAAUGGCAGUAUGAACAGUAACUUUGCAACGAAAGAGUUUUACGGAGCAUGGUCUUCUAUCAGUUCUUUACUAAAACACUCCCUAGUGUUGGAGGAAGGUAGACCUAGAAGAUACAGUUUGACCUCAGAGGGUCUUGAAAUGGCCAAAAGUUUAAAAAUUGCCGAUAAUAUUGUAUUUAGGAAUGACACAAAAAUGAAUAACAUAGAUAUUUCCCUGGAUCUAGCUAACGAAAGGACCGUUAAUUUAAGUGAAUUAUUAAAACAAGAUAAACAAAUACGGCAAUACAAUGAAUCAUCGUUUAACUCAGCUUUUAGUGAUAUAUCACGCGAAACAAACCACUCAAUUAAUGCAAGCACUCCACAGAGAUCGAGAGUUCUACAAAAUAUUUCAUCUUUACCUUCUACUCCUACCACGAAUAGAAGUAACCAACAAACAAGUACUACGACAGGCAUAAGCACCAACGAGAAAUAUUUAAAAGGAAAGGUCCACAUGAAUAGGAAACGAUUUACAGGCAUAAGCUACGAAAUAUGGAAAAAUGGUUCAUACGAGAUAUAUCCCAUAAUUGAUCAUCGUGAGGUAAAAUCACAACAGGAUCGUGAUUAUUUCUCCAAUGCAUUGAAACUGAAGGGAGUUAAGAUGGAAGUACGCCAACUUUCUGUAGGUGAUAUUAUUUGGGUUGCAAGACAUACAGAGACCGGAUUUCUAUGUGUACUUAAUACAAUAAUCGAAAGAAAAAGAUUAGAUGAUUUAGCUGCCAGUAUAAAGGAUAACAGAUUUAUGGAGCAAAAAAAUAGAUUAGACAAAUCUGGUUGUACCAACAAAUAUUAUUUAAUUGAGGAAACAAUGGCCAGCUCUGUGGUUAGCAUGACGGAGGCAUUAAAAACAUCUCUGUGGAUGAUCCUAUUAUAUUAUAGAUUUUCAGUGAUUCGAUCUCAGAAUAGUAAUGAAACUGUGCAGAAAUUACAUGCUCUUCAUUCUGUUGUAAAACAUCAUUACAGUAAGAAAGAUUUAUUAGUGAUGUAUCCGAAUAAUUUAAAGGAUCAAGACCAUUAUCGAAAAAUAUUGGAAAGAUUUCAAUUAGAAUUUGGAAAUCAUACAAGCAUUGAAUGCUGCCACACAUUAGAUUGUUUUCAGGAAAUCAUGGGUAAAAAUGAUUCUCCAACAGUGGGCGAGAUGACAAUACAGGUUUUGAUGUAUAUAAAAGGUGUUUCUUUAGAGAAGGCUGUUGCAAUUCAAGCCGUCUUUCCUACAUUAAAUAUCAUAUUAACUGCCUAUAGGAACUGUUCAUCACAAUUGGAGGCCAAAAUGUUAAUGUUUCAAAAGCUAGGUAGCGCCCCAGGUAACAAAAAGAUUUCGAAAUCUUUAUCAGAGAAAAUCGCUGACGCCUUUACUUGA